AAAUUCUCGCUCGCCUACGCUAUCUUCUUCGCAUCUACUUUGUGCACUGCACUAAUUCGCAUACAGGAAACCCCAUUCUUUCCAUGACGUCAACAGGAGGUGGCGCUCGACCACAAGCUAAAUUUCGACGGGAAAAAACUGCGAAAGAACGAAGGUCAGUGAGCGUAGAAAAUGGCGACCAAUCAGCAUCAGAAAACCGAUUCUUGGUACAUCGCUUUAUUGGGUCUUAGUGAAACCUUCAGGACUGCUAGCCCACCUAAAAUAAAGCAUUGCAUUCACUGUUUACAGUCAAUUCUUCAGUUUAAGCCACCUCCACAUAUCGAAGCUAGAACUCAUCUACAGAUGGGCAGUUUAUUGUUCACGCAUACGAAGAACAUUGAUUUAGCGCGGACUCAUUUGGAGAAGGCGUGGGCCAUGGCACAAAGUAUUCCAAACUUUGAUGAAGUAAAGUUUGAAGCGGCCAGUCUCCUUGCAAGUAUACAUGAACAACAGACACAGCUACAUCAGGCAAAGCAGAUCUUACGCAAAGCAAUCAGCAUCUCACAACAAGCUGCAUUCUGGCGGUGUAGAUUACUCUUUCAAUUAGCACAAAUUCAUGCACACGAGAAGGACUUUGAAUCAGCAUGUGAUCUAUUGAGAGUGGGAGCUGACUAUGCUGUCGUAGUAGGCUCCGUCUAUACACAAGCUCUCUUUCUGCUCAGUCAAGGAGUGUUAUUAUUAGUUGACAAGAAGUAUGGAGAGGUAGACCCUGUCUUGACGUCGUGUGGUACGGUGAUAGGUUCAUACCAGGGCACACCUACUAACAAGGAGUCUCUCAAGGUCUAUUUCCUGGUACUACAAGUCUGUCAUUAUCUCAUGGCAGGCCAGGUCAAGAGUGUAAAGCCAGCCCUGAAACAACUUCAACAAGCAAUACAAAGCAUCACUGUAUUACAUACUGAAGACGAGGAAGCAAGUAAUCCUGCCGAUCAGUUUCAUUGGUUACCGAAGGAGCACAUGUGUGUCUUAGUCUACCUGGUAACGGUCAUGCACUCCAUGCAAGCUGGCUACAUGGACAAGGCUCAGAAGUACACAGACAAAGCCCUCUUACAGAUCAGUAAACUCAAGAUCCUCGACUCCCAUCCCAUCCUCUCAUCGUUUCAACUCAUGCUGCUAGAGCAUAUCAUCAUGUGCAGACUAGUCAUGGGCCAGAAGGCACUUGCAGUACAAGAGAUUUCACAAGCAUGCCAAGUCUGUUCCCAGAACCCUAGAUUAUUCAACUUACACAGAGCGCAGCUGCAUACGUUAUUAGGUCUCUACUCAAUGUCAAUGAACUGUAUGGAAAGCGCAGAGGCACAAUUCAAUACAGCAUUAAAGCAAUUAACAACGCAAACAGAACUGUGGCAGUUCAUCUCACUCAACCUGGCAAUAGUCUACCUCCGGUCUGGCAACAGGCAACAAGAGUUAAUAUCACUAUUAGAGAGAGUGAAUCCAGAGACGACACACAUUCAUGCACACAGUCUCAAAGCUGCUGGUUUCUAUGUCAAAGGUCUUCAAGCUUUCUUCCAAGCAAAAUAUAGUGACGCAAAGAGAUUUCUCAGAGAAACGUUGAAGAUGGCGAAUGAGGAGGACCUGAACAGACUGACGGCGUGCUCUCUGGUUCUGCUAGGCCACAUAUUCUUGUCAUUAGGGAACAAUAGGGAAAGUCAGAACAUGGUGUUGCCAGCAAUGCAGUUAGCAGGGAAGAUUCCAGACAUGCAUAUACAGCUCUGGGCAUCAGCACUACUAAGAGAUCUUUACCACAUGUCAGGAGAUCCAGUCAGGCAGAGUGAAGGUUACCAGAUGCACAGUUCCUUCUCACAACAACUCCUCUCAGAUCACUUCCAGUCCUCGCAACAACCCGAGCACAAUCUCAUACAUUGGACGGAUGGUCCUAUUCCCCCUCACCUCCUGCAGUCAGAAGGGGCAAGCACCAGUAUCUUGUAGCAUUCCAACACUAGAGGGCAGUCUUCGACCCCUUUCCUUGUGACCGCGUGAAUCAUGUCUGCCUUUACCACAACAGAUAGUAGACUGUUCAAAUGAGACAAUGGACUCAUGGCAAAGCAGACAUGUUCUUUCUCAAGACGUCUCAAGUCGCUGGACGAUGUGCACCGUCGGAUGAAGACUGUUGCUGAAGCCUAAGCCCUUUUUGUUUUGAAAGGGGAGUGCCUAGCCAGUCAAACCUGCCUGUACCAGUGAUAUGAGAAGGAACUUUCAGGAAGUUCUCCUAUUACCACCUGUUGCUCGGCCAAGAUCAUGAGCUCAUUCCAGUGUUAUCAGGUGGAAGGUUGGAUGGGAAAGAUGGUUCGUACGGAAGACUCUGCAUUUCAACAGUGCAGAGAUAGAUGAUGAUGUGACCGUCAUCCCUGGGAGGAAGAUGAAGAGAAGAUCACUGUUAUUUGUCAGCCAGCAUCACAUGACCACCAAGUCACUCCAACGGGGCCGGCAUCGAACCGACAACAGACCGAACUACAGAUUGCAUCACCCCCAAAUUGCCAAGUAUUGGUCGGGUUUUGGAAUUGGCUUGGAGUCACUGUGGUGAUGUGCCUGAGGUACUAGGGAGGACUAGUGAUCACUUCCUUUUCUGUAGUUGACAAGAGAGGGCAGCAUAGCAUUGUUCUCAGCAGAUGACAUGGAGAAAAGUUAUUCAAGAUAACACUCAAUAGUUCAUACUGUUUGUUAUUGAUGGCAAUCCAUGAAGAUGCACACAUUAUAAACAUUGCAUAGUGAUUUGUAAGGUUGCAUCUCCUUAGCUUUGUUUGGUGUGAUGAAUAUCUGAGGUAGAAGUAUAGAAGACGGGCAAAUUUGUGAAUGAGGACAUUUUUAAAAUCAAUGUACACCACUUUUACAAACUGUUUUAAUAAUUCCAAUUUUCAACUUGUCUAUGCUAGUAAAUAUUAUCGCAUUAGCAUCGCUGCAAUCUAUGCAACACAAAUCUCAGAAUAGAAUGACACCCCUUUCCUUCUUUUCUUUUAGUAACAACAAUUAUUUUUUGAAAAUAUAGAACAAGAAUAAAAGCAAGAGUGACAGUAGAUCAGCUUUGUACAGUUCACUAUGAAACAAUUAAUUCAAGUGCAAUCUAUUGCAAAAGGAAGAACAAAGAAGUCCCCACUAAACAUAUGAAAUUUUGUGAACAUGAGGAAUACAAAUUUCCAGGCAUAUAUAAAAAACUGACAUUAAUUAAUUAUUUAAACAAGACGUUUCCAAAAGUUCAGGUGAAUAUUUUGAAAAAAUUACAUUAUUUAGCAUUGAUUCAU